AUGACUUCGAGUAUGAUUGGUAGGCUAAUUUCAAGUGAGAUUCGUAAUGAGGCUUUGGCAUCGAUUAGUGAGGUGGUUUGUGAUUUUAAGGACUAUUAUGGAACAGAAGUUUCUUAUCGGCAAGCUUGGAUGGGUGUUGAAAAAUGUUUCAAUAUGGAAUUUGAUGUUGAUAGUGAAGGAAAACAUUUCAAAUGCUUCUUUUUCGCUUUUAAGGCAUGUAUUCAUGGUUUCAAGUAUUGUCGGCCUGUGUUGAUACUUGAUGGAACUUUCUUGAAAGGAAGAUACAAAGGUUUAUAUAUGUUAUGUUUUGCCAUUGUUGAUAGUGAAAGUUAUGACAGUUGGCAUUGGUUCUUGUCAAAGUUAUUAGUUAUUUUGACUCCGGGGAGGGAUAUUGCGUUUGUAACCGAUCGGCAUGGAAGUUUGCUGAAGGCUUCAGCUGAGGUCUUUCCGUUUUCUUCUCAUUCUUUUUGUCUGAUGCAUUUGAAGACAAACUUGAAGACUUAUUUGUCAGUGAAGAGUAGUGAAUCUAAAGAGUAUUUUCUUACUCUUUUAUAUGCUCCUAUUAUUGAGUUGUUUAAUGAGCUAUUUGAAAAUUUUAAAGGUCGUUGUGGUCAUAGUGUUCAGAAGUUUCUUGAGGAUUUGCCUAAUGAGUGUUGGUGUAACGCUUAUUUUCAAGGCAAGGGGUAUGGUGAAAUGUGCACAAAUGCUACAGAAUCUUUUAAUUCAUGGAUUAGGGAUGAACGCCAUUUGUUUUCAACUAGUCUUUUUGAUGCUAUAUGGGUGAAACUAAUGGAGCAAUUUUCAAAAAGGAGAGAAGUUGGGAAUAAGUGGAAUCAUAUUGUUUGUCCUUUUGCAGAGAAAAAGUUGGAAGAAGCUUUUAAUGAUACAGAGGCAUGGAUUGUUAAGAAAUGUAACGAUGACAUUUCUAAAAUCCAAUUGGAUCAUUCUGUUAUGAGGAGUGGAAAGGAUUUGAAUUGUUUUCUUGAUGAUUACUACCGUGUUCAUAGUUAUUGUGAUUCUUCUUCACAUUCUAUCUAUCCAGUUCCAAGUAUAUGGAAGCCAAAUGUAGUUGUUGAUGAUGACGUUGUUUUACCUCCUCUUUGUAAGAGACCAGUUGGACGUUCAAGAAUAGAGAGAAUACCUUCUAAGGGCAAAAUCAAGAGAAUUAGGUGCAGUAGGUGUGGAAAGAUGGGAACUCAUAAUUGGAAGAUAUGUAAAGAAGCUUUGCUUUAG